GUCUGCUGCUGUCAGACACGGGGGGGCAGAGGGUGGAGGUCGCUGUCAGUCACUGUGGGACACACACACACACUCACACACACACUGUCUCUGCUGCUGCUGCUGCUCUGACCCGACUCCGUCCUUCCAUCUGGUUUCCAUCCACACUCAUCUCAGAGACAUGUCGCGCUGCCUCGGACUCGUCCUGCUCCUCUGCUGUGGGACAUUUCACCUGGCGUCUGCACUUCGUUGCUACAAGUGUUCGGAUUAUACCGGGCGCUGUCAGAACGUCCAGGAGUGCACGUAUGAGGACUCCUGUAUAUCUCUGAGUGAAAGAGGUGGGAAGACCAUCCGUCAGUGCAUCCGCUACACGGACUGCGAUAACUCGCGUCUCACCCAGAUGUUUCCCGCCAUCUCCGGCUUCACGUACCGCUGCUGCAGCAGCAACCUGUGCAACUCCAGCAGCGCCGUCGCCAUAGCGACGCCGGUCCUGGCACUGCUGGGCUCCCUGCUGACUGUUCUGUGGUGUUGGGUGUGAAGUUUUUUGGAUCCUUACUGACAUUUUUAUUAUUAUCAUUUUUAUUUUUUAAAAGUUAACAUGAACUGAACUGUGUGUGUUUGUGUCUUAUUUUAGUCGCCUGAGGCACUUCCUGUUUCUCAGGUCAAGUUUUGAAAGUCACAAGAAAUUUAAGUUGAUCUCGUUUUGCUAAUUCCCAUUUUUAUACUUUUUGUUUUAUCAGUUUAACAACGACAACAAAUAAAAUGUUACGGUAUGUA